CUACAAUACAGAGAGAGAGCGUCGACAGAGGAACACCGAACACCAUCAGAGAGAGAGAGUGACUGAGAAUGGGGAAGGAGGUGUCUGAGAGCUGCGUGGAUAGUCUACUAACAGAAAUGGUUGCUUCCUACUGCGAUCGUUUCUUCGCCAAUAAGCCUGAGCUCGCCGCCCGCCGGAUCGAGGCAAUUGGUUAUCAGGUUGGCCACCAGCUCUCCGAACGGUAUACAAUGGAAAGACCACGAUUUACUGAUCAUUUAGAGGCAAUCAAAUUCAUCUGCAAGGAUUUUUGGUCUGAGGUUUUCAAGAAACAGAUAGACAACUUAAAGACAAAUCAUAGAGGUACAUUUGUCUUGCAAGAUAAUCAGUUUCGUUGGCUUGCACGCAUGUCGGUAGACCCUUCACUUGAAAAUAGUGGGGCAUCUCAAGAUCCUUCUGAUGCUAGUGAAAGCAAGGCGACACAAGCAACAAGCAUGCAUCUCUAUUUCCCAUGUGGAAUUAUCAGGGGAGCUCUUUCGAACUUGGGAAUUCCAUGUGCAGUUUCUGCUGAUGUAUCCAACCUUCCAGCAUGUUCGUUUGUUAUCCGGAUAAAGGCCUGAGUACCCGUUUUAUGGGAGUGGCAUUAAGGUGGGAUUCAAAGUUAAUGGCAGAUUUGAGGUUAAGCACUGCAACAGGCCGAGCCCAUCUUUUUCCUUCUGUUUUGUGUAGAGAUGAACUGUGAUUUUCUUUUUAUUUUACAUGGAAAUGUAUUGAAAUUGAGGUUCUAAAACCAAAUUUUCUAGUGUAAGACAAAGAUUCCGAGAAUAUUUUGUUUUUGAGGUCAGUAAACCUGAAUCAUUGUAAUAGUUUAGCCUAUGUUCAUUGCGUUUAGUUUAGCAUUAUAUUCUAUACCAGAGUGUACAAAUAAUACUUCUUGGUUUGCUAAGAUGAUAGCUUUUUCUUCCUGU